ACUUUAAACAAACAGUGAUGGAAAACUUGCUACAACAAGUAUGACCACACGUUGACAAUUGUAGUUUUACUUACCAGAUGAAGCUAAGUAUAGGUCAUUGUUUGUUAGGACAUCAUUGAGUAAGGAUACACACUUCACUACAAGACAUCUUACUCUACAAAAUGAGGUUCUUCGUGGUCGUGUUACUCGUGUCCUUGGCUGUGUUCGUUUCUCCCGUCAUCAAGCCGGCGUGUGGACAGAAAAACAAGCCAGCCGGACAGCCCAGGUCAGAUUUUUCCUGUUUGGCGGGUCGUCCUGGUAUCCCUGGUCUCCACGGUACACCCGGUGCUCCUGGACGAGACGGACGAGAUGGCAGACCAGGUACUCAAGGAAAACAAGGUCCUCGAGGGUUUCACGGGACUCCAGGCAAGCAAGGACCUCCCGGAGCUCCUGGUAUACCCGGUCCCAAGGGUCCAAAGGGUGACGCUGGUCCAAAAGGAGAAAAGGGGGAGCCUGGUGCGAGAGGAUUCUCAGCCUAUUCGAACUGGAAAGAAUGUUCGUGGAUCAACAUCGACGAAGGAAAAGACAAUGGGCUGAUCAGGGAUUGUGUUUUCCAAAAGAAAUACAAUAAUUCCAUCCUCCAUGUUUACUGGAAUGGCAACCUAAGGAUACAUAAUUGUAACGACUGUUGUAAGCGCUGGUUCUUCACGUUCAACGGUGCGGAAUGCAAGGGUCCUCGUGCUAUUGACGGUAUCGUGUACAUGGCAAAAGGAGUGGGUCACAACAUUCACCGCGUCCGCCAUAUUGAAGGUCACUGUGACAAGAUCCACAAGGGACCUGUUCGUGUGGGCUUCAAUGUCGGGAACUGUGCCGGCUAUGGAAAUGUUGACGCCAAAACCGGAUGGAAUUCAAAUAGUCGUCUGUUCGUAGAAGAGGUACCCAGACCCCAGCCGUACAAAAUGAGGUUCUUCGUGGUCGUGUUACUCGUGUCCUUGGCUGUGUUCGUUUCUCCCGCCAUUAAGCCGGCGUGUGGACAGAAAAACAAGCAAGCCGGACAGUCAACGUCAUGUCUGGUGGGUCGUCCUGGUAUCCCUGGUCUACACGGUACGCCCGGUGCUCCUGGACGAGACGGACGAGAUGGCAGACCAGGUACUCAAGGUAAACAAGGUCCUCGAGGGUUUGACGGGACUCCAGGAAAGCAAGGACCUCCCGGAGCUGCUGGUCCACCAGGUAACACUGGUCCUCAAGGUCCUAAGGGUGACGCUGGUCCAAAAGGAGAAAAGGGGGAACCUGGGGCGAGAGGAUUCUCAGCCUAUUCGAACUGGAAAGAAUGUUCGUGGACCAAAAUCAGCGAAGGAAAAGACAAUGGGCUGAUCAGGGAUUGUCUUUUCCGUAAGAAUUUCACGGAUUCCAUCCUCCAUGUUUACUGGAAUGGCGAUUUCAGAAUUUAUGAUUGUAACGUCUGUUGUAAGCGCUGGUUCUUCACGUUCAACGGUGCUGAAUGCAAGACUCCUCGUGCUAUUGACGGUACCUUGUACUUGAGAAAAGGAAAAGGCACUGAAGAUAUUCACCGUGUGCGCCAUAUUGAGGGACACUGUGACAAGAUCCACAAGGGACCUGUUCGUGUGGGCUUCAAUGUCGGGAAUUGUGCCGGGUAUGGAACUGCUGACGCCCAUACCGGGUGGAAUUCAAACAGUCGUCUGUUCGUAGAGGAAGUACCCAGGCCCCAGCAGUGAGAUCUUCCCUUCCUUACCAGUCCCUAUAGCUAGCUCAUCAUACAGUAUUCAAUCAGUCUGGCUGUUAAUUCUAUUGAUAACCAGGCUGAAUGAAUAGUGAAUGAAAAGUCAUGUAAAAGGACAUUUGUUAGACAUGAAUUUAAGAUAAUGACAUGCAAUUUGAUAAUUGAAUGCUGUAAGUAAGUUACUGAUAAUGAGAAAUAAAGCAUUAAUCGGAAUUCACAA